AUGCACAAGGACCCGGAAAACGUAAUGCGACGAUAACGUGUACAAGGCAAACAAAAGAUAAACAGAACCAAAACACCCGUCACGUGGAUCCGGAGAGCACGCCCUCCCCGGCCCCCCCUCCCCCCUCCCGAGGCUGCUUCUUAACCUCGGAGACGAGGGCACUCGAGACCGCAGUGUGGUUGACGAGCCCGAUCGCACCGAUUCCCACUCUGGUUCGACGCGCGUGUCCCCUCUUCGGUUCCUCGGCAGCGGCGGCGGCAGCAGCAGUGCGCAUGUGCGGGAGUCUGCAUUCCAUCAUGGCGCAGCCGUCUGACUGAGUCUGUUGCUGCUGCUGCUGCGACGCCCCGCAGCGCCGAGCCUGAGGAGGCGGCUGAGGCUUCCCCGGUGCCCGCCGCCCGCCUUCCUGCCAGCGGCUCCUGCCUGCGCCGGUAAGUGGCCGGGUCUUCCCCGCUCCUCUUGGAGGGGGCUCCAGGGGUCUGCCGGGCCGCCAGGGUGGGGCUUGCGGAGGGGUCGGGUGGGUUGGAAGCCGGGGUGUCCCUUGAGUUUGGGGGGCUGCUGGGAGGCGAGGAAGGGGUUGGUGUGGGUCGGGGGGCACACUCUCCGCUUUACACGCGAGGAAGUCCUCAUCCCCUCCACCCCAGCACCACCGACACUGCCAGCGCCUCAUUCCCAGCUGAUCUCCCCGGCACAGAUUCUUAGUCUUCCGUGACUGCCGAUGUAACAGAAACAAGUAAAAAAAAAAAAUGCAUUCUCCCGCCCUGCUUGCUCCAAAGAGGCUGCUUUUCUCCUCGGAAGGUCAUCUCCGCUUGCAGCCUCCCAAGUUUUUAAUCCCGUUGCAAACCUUUGCAUCACACACCUUUGCAUUGCGCACACACACACACACACCAGUCCCUGCAGGUCAUCUCUUGCAUUCCUUAGUCCAGCUUUCAGUUUGCAACCCACCCCGUUCUAAGAGGACCACCACUAUCUUAAAAUUUUUUUUAAAAGGACACUCUUUUCUCUCAAGCUGUUUCCCCCACGCCACACACACCCGGCACCCAUACCCACUCCAGUCAUCUUAAAACACUUUGCCAACAACCCCCAAACCCACUUUCACCUUCCCAGGUUCUCCCAGGUGGAAGUGUGGUGGGUGGGACUGUCACCGGUUUGCGGAAACGGGGAGUUUGCUGCGAAGGGGUUUGCGGGGUGGGCGGAGAAGAAUGGAUUCUGAGGAAAUCGGGAGACUGAAGUUGGUGGUUGGUGAUUCUGAUGGUCUUUGGAGUAUUGGAUGUUUAAAGGGCCACACGACACAGGUGUGUUGUGACUUGGAUGUAGAAGUCUUGGAUAAGGAUAUAGGAGAUUUGGGGGGGGGGGAGCGGUGUGUCUCUGUGUGUGAAUACAGUGGAGCUUUAGGUGGUGAAAUUGAAGGAAGAUUGGAAGUUGUGAGAAUAUUGGGCCUGCAAGAAUUGCUGAGUGGGUUUGUGCAGAAACUGGGCUCCGGCAAACUGAUUUUGAUUCAGAUGCUGGUAUCAAAACUGAUGUAUUGUAUGUUCAGUCGUUGGAUUUGUGCACGGAGCCAUAUGCAGGAUGCCGGGGCUGUUUGUGCUUCAGGUGUGCGGAUUUGUGUUUCAAAUGGCAGGUAGUUGAAAGAGGCUAGUCUUUCGAGGGGGUUUGUGCUUAUGGGUGCAAUGAAGUGCCUGAGAAGUAGGUGAAUGUAAAAGAGCUCAUAUUAUUGUUCUCUUGCAGUAGUGGAGUUCAGCAGUCAGACCUAAACUUUGCACACCUGCCAUGUCAACUUGAAUCUCUGCUAUGUUGCAGGAAGUCCCCUUUAGUGCCCUCUUCACUCCACCCACCCCCUCAGCAUACUCCGGUGUAUCCCAGUUAGAAAGCUGACCUUUCUAUUGAUCACUGCUCCUUUUUGGAAGGGUUUGUUCUAGCACUGCAAUCAGAUAUUUCCUUUUGCUUUUAUUACCUGCUGCAAAUUAUUAGUCCGGGGGCACGGAAAGGUGAUGUCUUUCCUUUCUUCUCUUCUGCUUUCUCUUCCCCUCCCCCUCCCCCUGGUGCUGCUGUGUCUGAAUGCCACGUAGCCUUCUGGCUAUUCCCCUUUGACUAGAGUGAGUGCACAGCUUUUAGAUAUACUGUAUAGUACCUUCCUGAACUUCUCUCUUGUGUAAAAGGUAGUUACUGUAGCCAGCAGAUUUGGGUAGAUGAGUAUUUUUACCCCAUGCUUGUUCCUGGCUUUUGAAGUAGCAGAGGUUCAGCAGUCAAGGCAGAAACUGUUGUGAUUAUUCAGUAGGUAGCUAUACAGAACUGCAGUCAUCAGCCCUCUUUUUCUCUGUUAUUAAAUUCGUAGGGCUUGUGAUUCAGUUGAUGGAAACCCCCAAUCUUGCAGAACCCCUUUCUCAACAUAUGGCAAGUGGUGUGUUGUCCUGUAAUCAUGCCAGUUGGCUGUGGAUGAUGCAAAAGCUGGCAGGUGUACUUAACUCAUACUGUUUGUGUGUGUUUCCUGUUUGCAUGCAUGUGCAUUUCCAGCUUUUACUGUGUUCAAAUGUAAUGAAGAAAUGUUUAUAUUUUUGCCUUUAUACUAUUUCUUUCAUACUGCUGUAUAAAACAUACUUGCUUUUUAUUAUUGAUUUUUUAAGAAUGCAUGCUUUGUUCAGUAUUCACACAUUUAUGCUGGUAAAUACAUAUGUAUGCUUAGGAUGGCAAACUGUAAUUUAAACUAAAAAAGUAAUACCUGCCUACAUAUGCCAUAACGCUAGCUUGAAAUCCAAGUGAUUUUUCAAUAGGCUCAUGACUCUUGUGAUUUCAAGCUGUUUAAAUAAUAAUAAGCGUUCAAGUAUAGUUGCAUCUCUUUGAGCCAUAAAGAUUUACACUGGAUAUGUUGUGAUCGCUGAAGAACAGCAUAGUAUAAUCUUUGAUUCUGUUAUAUUGCCUGAUUGUUCCAAGAUUUAUCAAGCUUGUCAUUUGAAGAAACCAACUUAAUUUUAAUCUGGGUAUGUAAAUUGAUAGCUUCAGUUGUGUGUUAGCCCCCCCUCCCCCCAACUAGAGUUGACUAUUAAGAGGUUGGUGUAGCUACAAGCUGGGAAGUGUUGUGGCAAUUAGUGAGAUGAUGUUUGUGACUCCCUCUAAUGUAAGAAAAGACCUAAAAAAAUAUAAAUGUUAUUAUUUCUCACUUCUGUGAAGCUCUGAGUAACCCCUUAAGCUUUGUAACAGCACUGUGAGGCUGGUUAUGCUGAAGGUUAGUAAUUUGUCAAAGACCACUGAUGUUGCCAGGGCAACUUACAAAAAGUUAAAAUAGCAAUAAUAUGUAAUAAAGCAAAACAAACGUAAAACAAUAACAUUUAAACUUUACAAUAUAAAAGAAUAGUAAAAAUCAAUCAGUGGGGUCUUAUUUUUCAAUUCUCUCCCUCCCCACCCCCAUGUAGAACUAGUGGGGAUGGGGAAGAAGAGAGAGAAUAAGAUGCCAUGCAAUAAGAAAGAGUUAAGUCCCACCUUGGGUGGUACAUGCCAGCAGGUCUUUGGAAGAGGUGGUUCAUCUACUACUUUGUGCACACAUGUACACACACACACUCACUCUGAACAGGACACUUAAGAUUGCAUACUAAAAUUACUUUUGGAAUUGCUGCACUGUGAGGGGAAUAAGGGCCUCUUAACAACUCUCAGCACCUUUAACAAACAACAGCUCCCAUAAUUAUUUGGUAGAAGCCAUGAGUGUUUAAAAUGAUAUAAUAAUGCUUAUAUCAGUGUUCAAAAUUAGCCAGGUGCCAGGCACAUUUUGCACUUGACUUUCAACCACUUGUGACCAUGUGAAGAUGCCUGGGUGCCAGGAUGACGCCUGACAUCUCCACCAUUUGAGGAUCAUUGGACCUGGACUAGUUUCACACACUAAUAUCCCACCCUGUAAAAAUUUAACUGUUAUAUUUUAUCUGCACAAUCAGAAUAAAUUUCUGGAACCAAACUGCUUUUUCUGUGAAGUCUGAGCAGGAUCAGUCACCAUUAAGAAAGAGUUCAGGAUAGGCCAGUAUACAUGUGCACUGUCCUUGGAUCAAGUGACAUUUCUUUUUUGAGGUCUCAAGGUUCUUAAGCAAGCUCAAGGUUAUCAUCUGAACAAGCCAGAUGCUUAACUGAGAAUCAAUCAUAGUCAGUCCAUCAUUUGAAAAAUAAGACUUUCAAGCUGUCUUACCCCAAAAUGGCAAAUGGACAUUCCAUUUUGGUGACUGCAACCUUGGUUUAAUGAGCCAGCUGGCACCUAGCUUAUAUAUCUGAGUUUCUAACUCUGUAUGGUGUAAAUGUGGCUCUGGUUCCAAGCUGUAUGAUAUUGCAGCCCAAGACUUGAUUAUAACCAGUAUGUAUUCUGAACUUUCUUAUGCAUAAUUGAUCAUUUGGUGCAAAGUGUUAGGAACCAUUCUACACACACCCCAAUAUUGGUUUCAGGUGGCCUUUAGGAAUACAUUUUUUUAUUUAUUUUAAAGCCUGCUGUGUAUCCUAAUUAAAACGACAUUAGCAAUUUAUCAAAGGAAUUUGUCAUUGCACAUAGACUUCCCCCUGAAACAAGCUUUUUUACUCUCCUCCCUUCACCUGCUUUGGAGAAUGCUUCAAAAGACAUGUUGUGAUUAAGUUUGCCAAGGUCAAGAUGGUUAGUUUUCAGCUGUUAUCUCUUCUGCAAACCAGACUUUAAAUGAAAAGGUUGGGAUUCCUUGGUGAGGAACACACACUGAACUCUUUAUUACAUUCUGGAAGAGCUUAUUGUGGAGGCAGCCAUAAUUUAUUCCCUCACUCGUGUUAACACAAGCCUUUCUGUGUAAAUUGAUCAGUGUGGACACACCAUUUCUUAGUGGUUCUGCAAUCUGAUUGCUCGAAAAGGCUGCACCAUGGGAGCUCCCAGGAUCCUCAGAUUUGCACAGAUGUUGCACACAAAUGAUCUCACGCAGAUCAGGGUCCUUCCACUGCAUCAGCACAAACAUUUACUUUGGCAAAUGGAUGGACAGGUCGGAAGGUUGAACUGAGAGGUGGGUAGACAGAAUAGUGAGGGAGGGGUUAGGGAUGCACUGCUUGGUAAGCACACUUGCUUGAGGGUGGCAGAGACUUGCAAAAUGUUGUCUCCCCUUCCAUUGGUGCCCCUGAAAUGACCAGAAGAUCUAGAAAUGUGUGGUCUUACAGGCAAACCUUUCUGUAAGUAGCCUGGAUGGUCAGAAUGGUAAAACAACCCUGCUUGAGCAAACAAAGGGUGCAUCUUCUUUCCAUGAAUCCUUUGGCACUCACCCCUAAUUCUCAGGUUUCCUUGUACAUGGGCCUACAGCAAAAACAAAUUAUUUCCUUGUGAACUGCUGCCUCCACCCCCAACCCACUGCACACACUUUAUCCCCUAUGUUGAAUUUUAAGCUCCUUGGCGAGGGACCUGUCAUUUUGUACUCUGAAAAGCACUAUGCAUACUGGAUAAAUUAGUCACAAUAGUAUAUUCUAACAUCCUGUGGGAAUGGGAAGCCCAGAGCAGGGCAUGAACACAACAAUAUUCCCUGUACUUUUCCUGCCCCUGCCCCUUCAGCUGAUAUUUGAGGAAAUGCCACCUCUGAUCCCCAGGUUCCAUUUAGCUAUCAUGUCUGAUAGCUGCAGCCAAUUGCAAAUAAAAAUGUCCUGGCUUUCUGAAUUGGGUCCUGCCAUACUACUUUCCUUGGUAUUUGAAAACCCCAUCCUUAAUCUUUUCCCAAGCUGUAUUGGACUCUAAUUGAUGUACUUUGAAGUUGAUGCUGGUAAAGAAGAUCUAUUUUGGCAGCCAUAUGCUGAAUGUUGCAAUGUGAAUGGGUUGAACUCUGAAGUUCAAUGCCAGAUCAAAUAUUUAUUUUAUUUUAUUGAAAGAAUCAUUCAGUCUAGUUAACAGUGUAACCUUACUGAAUGUUCCCAUUGCCAAUCAAACUUUCCAUUCUUUGUAAGCUCAGUUAAUCUGUGGUCUCAUUUCAGUGUAAAGAACAGCUGUGUACAUGUGACUUACUUACUAUAUGUUUAAAUAUUUCACUCCACAUUUUUCAAUGAAUUUCUCAUUAUUUUGAAAUUACAAUCAAGCCUCAAAUAAAACACCACUGUUUGCCUACAGUCUAGAAAUCUGAUGCUUAUUCCUAAGAAUUUGGGAGUCUAGUUAUUCCAUUAGCAGUUUAGAAAUAGCUAGUAGAAACUUGAGAGUCAUACUUCUUAUAUUCAUUUGACAUAGUAUUUUGUAUUUCUGGGUGAAAAUGUGUAGGGCAGUUCUAUCUAUUUAUAUAUAUUUGGCAGUAUUCAAACGCAUAUAUGAUAACAUGUAUAGUAAUGUUUGUUCUCUUUGAAAUAACUGCUUGAGAAAUCUGAAAUAGAUGGGCAUGGAUGAGCAUAAGAAUGACUAGUCAAAUCUUCCCCCCAUAUGAUCCCUUUAAAGCAAUGUUUCCCAACUUCUGAUGGCACAUUAAUUUUGGGGGUUAACAUUAGAGGCUUACUGUUCUGCCCCUAAAAAAAUACAUAUUCCCUUUCUUGACUGAGUACUAGUUAGAUUAAUAGGGUUAACUACAAGAACAGUGGUCAAGUGUCCACCUUGCAACUGAAGGAAAGUCACAUUAAUAUUGCCUCCCAGUUUCUAUCACCCCCCUUUCCACAGGUGGGCUGGCUUCAGGUUUAGGAUCCUGCUGUUUGCCAGUAAUGAUGUAUGAGGGAUUAACCUGUGUCUAUCAGCUACAGUGUGGGCUUUGUCAUGUGAUGCUUGUAUAUCUUCUGCUGAAUCCUUCUGUCCUCUGGAUUGCGUUAGUACUAUUAUUAACAGAGAAGUGGUGCCAGUGCUGUAUAAGUCCUCCCCAUUCAAGAUACAGACACUGGUUGUAUCUCAAAUUAUGGUUUUGAUUUUUCAGUGCAUAUUUAAUUGAGCAUUUCUUGUGACACACAUUUUGGGAAUUACUGCUUUAAUUUGUUCCAUAAUUUAACUAUGGAAUUGGUGAACUCACCAGCUUACUUCGAUUCAGCACCUACUUGGUUGGAUGGCUUCUGUGGAAGAUUUGAUUGGCUCCUUCUCUAUAUAAUGCCUACCAGCUACCACAACUUAAUUUUCUUUCUUUUUUAAAUUUAGCUUUGUUUUAAAAUGAACUUGCUGGCAUUUAGCUAGGUUGUGUUGACUUUUUUUGCCAGUGCUUUGUUGACUCAUUUCACAUUUAGAGCCUGUUCUGUUUCAAUUACAGAUUUUGCAUGACUGCUUUAAUAUAAUGUUAUAAUUCACUUUGGGUGCUUUGUUGAGUUUGAAACGAAGGUCAAUUUGCUUUUAUUUACUAUCGAUUUAAAAAAAUAAAAAAUAAAAGCCCCAUUAAAAUCCAUUUCUCUUUUGCCUAAAUAAUGUGAACUAUAUUUUAAAAUGAAAUUAUAAUUAAACACAGUUUUAUCACACUCCCAUGGAUGCUACAGCUGUUAAAAUGUUGAUUUCUGGAAGGGUAGCUGUCUUACCGUAUUUUUUGCACCAUAACACUCACUUUUUUCCUCCUAGAAAGUAAGGGGAAAUGUCUGUGCGAGUUAUGGAGCGAAUGCCUACGGGUGGCGGCGGGGAUCUGCUGCAGUUGUGAGCAGAGGAUCCCCUUCCUUCCCCCCUCCGUGGCUUGCUUUGAAACAGCAAAGCGGGAGAAGAGCUGCUGAGUGGGGAGGAGAGAGGGACAGAGAGCCUGCUUGCUUUAAAGGAGCAAAGCGGGAGAGGAUAGGAGCCACUUACACGAGUGUAAGCGGCUCCUGUCCGGUUGGCUCCUUUAAAGCAAGCAGGUUCUCUGUCCCUCUUUCCUCCCCACUCAGCUCGCUAAAUAGCAUUAUUAGCAGCAUCCUUCUCCACACACCCCAUGCGUGCUCCUUGUCCCUUGAGUGCUUUUCCUUCCCUCCCCACUUAAAACGUGGUUACAAAGCAUGGAUCCACAUGGAUCCUCAGGAUUUUUGCACUGGGUCACCCCAAAUUCACCAUCAGAUCACAUAGCAUGUCCAUGGCUACAUCUUGCACCAAAAAAAUCACGCACCCACUGUUGCCUGGGGUCGCAGUGAUGCAAAAACGUGGUUACAAAGCAUGGAUCCACAUGGAUCCUCAGGAUUUUUGCAUUGGGCUACUUCAAACUCACUGUCAGAUCACAUGUCUGUGGCCACAGCAUGAACCACAAAAAUCAUACAUCCACUGUUUCGUUUAGAAUAUUUUUUUUCUUGUUUUCCUCCUUUAAAAACUACGUGCGUGUUAUGGUCUGGUGCGUGUUAUAGAGCGAAAAAUACAGUAGUUCACUGCAAUAAAGCACAAAGAGGACUAAAGACUAGCAAAUGUCCUAAGAAACAUAUUAUCUAAGUGGGGUCUUCGAACCAUUUUGCACACUAUUUUACUUUAGUACACACUGCAUGGAUGUGGGUGUGUUAGAUGUAGAAAAAGUAUUGUUCUUAUAAAUGAUCUCAUUCAAAUGUAACAUGCAUUUGGCUUUAAUGUACUUUUUCUCCGAUAAGCAAAGUUCAUUUGCCUUAGAAGUUGGGAUGGGGGAGUCUAGCUUGCAGCUGGCAGGCCAGUGUUUGUAAAUGAGCCUUUGCUUUGGUAAUGAGAAUUGCAGCUUAGGAAGAGUGUUUUAUUUGAUAACUUGAGUUUUUAUCAACACUUCUCUUUGGCACUUGGUUAUACGCAGAGAUAAUGUUGGUUGGCACUCCCCACACAGCCCCAGAUGACAAAAUAAAACAAGGAAAAGGGAGAGUAUUUAGAAGUCCUGGAUGCCAGAGUCAUUUUAAUAGCUCAGGAUUUUCUCCAGUUUUCUAUUUAAGAAAAGUACCCACUUUCCCCCCUAAAUACAUUGCUUCGUAUAUACAAAACGAUAUUUUUAACAUAAUGCCCAUUAUUUUUCCUCUUUCCCUUUCCUCCAUUUCUUCCCCACCUUAUAUUCUGAGCUAGAAAGUUUGAGAGUGGGGAAAAUAGGUUGCUUUCCCUUCCUACAUCUUUGGCUUUUGCAGUUGGAUGCACGAAUGCCUGCCUGUCUAGUUCUGAUCCAUUCUACCUGGUACCUUGGGGAAACGAUACUUUGUGGGGAAAGGAAGAUAGAGGUGUCCUGGGGCAUCUGGUUGGCCACUGUGAGAACAGGUUGCUGGAAAAGAUGGGCCGUUUUCUUAUGUUAUUUUGUUCUUAUGUCACAACUGUAGGCAAGGAUCAUUCAGCACCAAAGCACCAAACAGUGAAGCUCUACUCCACCCAGGCAAAGGGAGCAGGUAAGCAGCCAUGGAACAACCACCCAGGAAUCAUUCCCACAGAAGACUUAGAGAGUUCAUCUUUCUUCUUUCCCCUCCCCUCAAAUGGUAUGACCCAAUAUUGGGUUCAUUCAAAUCAGGAUUCAGUUGGCUGUCCCUUGCAGCCAACCAACCACAUUUCACCAGAGUUUGGCUGUAUAUUGGAUGCUGCAUACUCCUGAGCCUUUCUGCUUGGAAACUCCCAAUCCAAUUGAUUGAGAUGGAGUGUUGGUAUUGCCCUAUAACUAGAUUUUCAUUUUUUAAAAAUUUCAUUUUAUAGCUACAGUUUUACUGAGAAUAAUAAUCUAAGUAUGUAGCAGUGGCUGCUGCUAUAUUUGAGCAGCUAGACCAAAAUCAUAACAUCAGUGUCAAUUAUAAGCAGAAAAAGUAUUUAAAGUCAAGUGAGUUUUCCUUGGACUGUAUGUGGACAUUACAAGCUGGGAAAAUUAAUAACCCGGUCUUAUUAUUUUAAACUUUGGUAGUGUCUGUGUUCAGCAUGUAGGGUUCCCCUAAGCCUCAGGUCCCUUGCUCUCUGAAGAAUUCACAGAGGAUUAUCUGGGGGAGGAUUUGUUAGGCACUACAGGAUGUGGCCAUGAGUCACUAACAGUUCUGGCACAGAAGUUGUAAAAUGAAGAGAAAGAGAGACAAGUGGCCGCUGUGAGGGUCUCCAUAAGUACAGUACGCUAUAUAUAAAUAGGGUGAAGAAGUGUCCCAUACUCUUAAGCUUAAAUCAGUUCUGCUAAAGUAUGGAUCUCCUGCUGAGUCAGAUAAUUUUUGAAAGAUAAGCAUGAGACUUAUUGAUGCAUUAAAAUGCCCUUUAAAAUUGAAUCCAGAUAUUUAAAAAAUGAGGCAGAGUACAUAUAUUCUUUCACUCUUGGGAAAAGUGAGAUGAACAAAUCUUCCAUAUUGGAUUAUCAUCCUGACCAUCACUUCCCUGAACUAAGGGAUUUGUAUAUUCCUUGUAAAAUUGAAGUACCAUUUUUCAGGACGUCAAAAUUAUUCAUUGAAAAAGUGCUGGACUGUGUGCAUUUUGUUUUGAAUAAUAAUAUUUUUUGCUAGGGAAUAAUGAGCUAUUGGUUGUAGUUAACUCAUUUCUACUUAGAGUAGAACUAUUAUUAUUAUUAUUUAAAUUUGUAUACCGCCCUAUAACCGCAGGUCUCAGGAUAAAAUCAGAAUAUAAAACCACAAAAUACAUAAUCAAAACAAAAACAAAAACAACCCAAUAAUCCCCCAACAUAUUGAAAUAAAUGGAUCCAAGUUACUCAUGUCCAAAAAAUUCAGUGGGUCUGCUUUGAAUAGAAAUAUCAUUGAAUGCAGUGCUAUGUCUUACACUGUCAGAUCAUUAGUGUACCUGCCCUAGUAUUAACAAUUGACUGGCAGCAGCUCUUCAAGAUCUCGAGGUAGCUUGCUCUCUUCCCUCCCCUCCUUGCAUUAUUAAAAGCCUACCCGAAGAUUUGAGAGAAUAUUUCAGGGGUGGGUGUUGCUGAAAUACAACUCCCAUCAGCCCCAGCAAAGAUAGUCAGUGGCUAGUGAUGAUGGGAUUUGUAGUUUAGCAAUAUAUGGAGAGCCGAAGGUUCCCCACACCUGGAAUAUUGGGUCAUGGUACUAUGAGAUGAUACCCACAAUGCUAGAGCCAUUGUAGAAGUCCUGUCCUGAAUGGUUCUUGAUUUUUUGCUUUCAAAUGAAACCAGCUGUUUAUUUGUUUUACUGUUACUACUUGCAGUUAUAACUGUAGCCAAGCAAUAUCACGGGGUGUGGCUGACAUGGUGCAUCUCCCAUUCUAGUAAACCUAUUGAGCUUCCCGCAAAGCAAAUGGUCAACUUUUUCUCUCCCCCUUCAAUGUGAUUGUGGUGUAUAUGAAAGAGAACUCUUGGUGGGCUCUGGAUAAAUGACAGCCAGUCUUAUUCACCCAUGGCUCCAUUACACUCCGUUCCUCUUAGCUUAUGGGGCAUAGAGGAAAUGAAGUACAGGAUUCUCAACUGCAAGGUUGACUCAUCCUAGAUGAUUGCAUUGGAAAGUUAAGUUUGCUUGCGGCAAGUUUAAGCCUAUACAGAUCUUCAUAAUAAUGUGGUAAAUGAAUCUCCUAAUGCUAAUACAGAGCUAAUAAUUUUGCUUCAGACACUUCUGCAGACUGCUAUCUUUGUAAAUGAAUAUAUAUAUAUAUAUAUAUAUAUAUAUAUAUAUGGGAGUGAUAGCAUAGUUCAUGAGGAAAUCUACAAGGAAGUCUCUUGUACUUCAGAGUGUUUCAGGAAUUGUAUGUUUUGUUUUGUUUCUUCAAAAAACCCUGCAGUGGUUUAUCCCUGCCACAGCCAAAGCUGUUUCACAUAUUAAUUAUGUGGCUAUUUUCCAUCUGUGAACACAGAAAAUGUUUGACUAUGUGUACUUGUUGAGCAAUACCUAAGAAACAUGUCCAGUGUCUCAACAUAACCUGUGGUACUUUUCUGGAUGGAAGCCAAAUAUUAUACGCAAAAGAGGGGUGCAUAUAAGCUCCCUUGGGAAACAUUUAACAUUAUUUCUAAAGAUUUAAUAAAAACAUAUAUUUAGUUUAUGAACAGAUUGGUAUUAUGGAGAGGUGAUGGUCCAUGCCACCCCCUCCUUCCCGAAAUUAAGUUAUAACGGGGUUUCUGUCAAAAGUCUUUUUUUUCCAACCUCCCUUGAAUUUUGCAAUAUGGAAACCAAUUUGCCUGAAAUGUUCGUGUGUGGUCCUGCUGUAGUGGAGAGAAGCCCUUUCAAAAGCAAUCUAACAAGGUGUUACAGAUGUGUUUAACUGGGGAAAAUAGCAAAGGAGAGGCGGUCUAGAAAUUUCAGGUUUGUAGAGGGCUUUGUCUUCAGUUAUGGGGACUUAUUUCUAUGACUGCUUUCAUAUUAAAGAUUAUUCAAAAAUACCUGCCUGUGGGGAUUUUUGUCUUUGCAUUUGCAGGGCCAAACAAACAUGAGUUAAACUGAACUGUAUGUUUCCCAAAGUUCAAUAUUGGGGUUAAUGAGUCAGAAGCCCAAAAGAAACUACUCAGGUUUUGUUCUUGCAGGAAUGAUCCAACUCUAGGCAUCUUACUUCACAUGCAAACCUUUCUUAAAGUUUGGUACCUUUUUAACAGUGUGUUUUUUAAUUAAAAAUUAUGCUGGACUUGGUUGUAGCUUCAAAUGCAGUACUAGCUGCAUCUUUCAGCAACCUGAAAAUACGUUCUUAAAAGAAGUAUGGGGUAUUUUAAAAAUCCACAUUUCAAGGCAUAGUCAUGCUUCAUGAAGGGGGGUUGGGGUGGACAGGAACAGGACAUUACUGUUCCCUGCAGUGUUCCUCCUCUGAGAUUGCCAGACUGGACUACAGUUCAUUUAAUGAUGUUGUUUGUAAACCUCCUUUGUUCUCAGAACAGCCAGCUCUGAAUGUGAUAUUAGCUUUGAUAACUGUGAGCCACAAGAUACAAGAAAGCAUUAAGACCAUUAUACUUAAGUUAUAUGCCCUUUUCCAGGAAAGACCAAAUAGCUUCCAUUGGGAUUCACAUAUUUUGGCCAGCACUGGUAGCCAUGCCAAAACUUUAGUUUACCUGAGUCCUGCUGCUCCCCUUCUACUUGACCCAUGUCUCAGCACAGCCCCCCUUUCCCAUUCCCCCUCUUCCCAUGUCAAAGUUGAGAUGUAGGGAGAACAGUGAUUCCUGGUCACCCCAGUGCUUGGCUCCAAUAUUUGAGCUGGAGGGAAGUAAGCAGGGUCUUAUUUAGAGAAGAGUGGGUAGGUGGUCUGAGCACCUCCAUGACACAGUGAUUGAGAUCUUUCCUAUAUGUGUGCUGCCUAUCUAUAGAUUAGAACACCUGUAGGAACAAUCAGUAGUUCUGAAUUAUGAGCUUCUGGUGCCCGUUAUUUUUUUGAAACAUUUGGGGAGCAAUCCAGCUAGAGUUAAGAACCUUGAUUUCAGUGUGGAAAAUGUUUAAAUCAUAAGAGCCUUUCUGGAUCAAACCAAAGGCUCCAAAUUCGAUUGAGAGAGCAGUAUGCCCUAUGCCAUUUUCCUACUUCCUAUCCAGUUCCUGUCAAGUUUUCAGAAGGGCCAACUUUCUGCCCAUGGGAAAUCUGCCCACAGGACCUGAGUGUAACAGCGGCCUCAGCAAUUGGUAUGCAGAAGGGCUCUGCCUCUGACAGUAGAAUACAGUGGUGCCUCGCAAGACGAAAUUAAUUCGUUCUGCGAGUUUUUUCGUCUUGCGAAUUUUUCGUCUUGCGAAGCACGGUUUCCCAUAGGGUAUUAACGGUUUUAAGAAAAAGGAAACAAACUUGCAAGACGUUUUCGUUUUUCGUCUUGCGAAGCAAUCCCAUAGGGAAAUUCGUCUUGCGAAGCAACUCAAAAAACGAAAAACUCUUUCGUCUUGCGCGUUUUUCGUCUUGUGAGGCAUUCGUCUUGCAACGUACCACUGUAUAUACUUUUACAUUUGUGAUGCGAAAACCUGGAAAACACACUAUGGCUUUUUAAAAGACUACUUCUUAAAAACUCAUCAGGGCUACUCUGAAUGGUGAUUGCCCAGAUUAUCUAUAAAUAUUACUCACUAGAGCAGAGCUUUCCCAACUUUUCAUGUUGGUGACACACAUUUUUAGACAUACAUCAUUUUGCGAUACAGUAAUUUUACUAGCAAACUGGAGGUUAAACUAACUCCUUUCUAGCCACAGGAGGAGUGCAGGAAGCAUUCACAUGACACACCUUCACACUGCAGCCGCCACACAAAUGUGUCACGAUACACAGUUUGGAAAUCUCUGCACUAAGGGUGUUUGGUACUUCUGAGUAGGCUUUGCAAUUGUGGCUAUUGGAGACUUUUCUGUUAAGUAAAGCUGGCAGGUCUUUGGUUUUAUGUGAACUGUAGUGGUCACACCAGCUGAUGAGGCUGUGGACAGCUCCGUGUUGUAUAUUAACAUUGUAACAUGUGCCUCUUAAAAAUUCAGCCUUUUAAUAAUGGAUUUCUGAUGUUUACUCAAAAAACCCAAUCUCUCAAUGCAAAUCACAUGUUUUAAAUCAUGUCAGAUCAAGAGCUGUCAACAGACAUAGCAAACACAAGAAAACAAUAGCCCCAGUAAAUAGCAUAAUAACAUACAACCCAUACUCUAUUUAAGCUUUGAAGUAUGUACAUACUAAGGUAUUAGAUCACACGGAGGAAGAAGCGGACCUGCUUCUUCAGUUAAUAUAAGAAAUAAAAGCCAGCUAUUGUCCUAGCUGUCUCACAUUCUAGGUCCUGGGAGUUUCCCAGACCUGGCUGUAGCAUGUGUGAAGCAAGUAGGGGAAUGUCUGCACAGGAACCUGGUCUCAAAUCUUUUGGGCCUUCUCCCCACCCACUCCAGCUGCCUCUAGCUUUCUCUUUCUCCCUAGAUGUGUUCCUGGUUUCAUAUCAUGCUUUCUAAUCAGUAAUUAAGCUACAGUUUCCUGUUUGGGGCAUUGCAGGAAGCUGUGACUUAACAAACCCUGGAAAUUUUGGAUUAUGGUACACAGGAGGAUGGAGGAUAGAAGAGGGAGAAGGAACAUUUAUUCCCAGUCCAAUAAACCAGUUGACUGAGAUUGUUUUGCCUGAAUCAGGCCAGUGUUUGUGUUCUGGGUGUAAAGGGCAAUACAGUGGUACCUCGAGUUACAGAUGCUUCAGGUUACAGACUCCGCUAACCCAGAAAUAUUACCUCGGGUUUAGAACUUUGCUUCAGGAUGAGAACAGAAAUCGUGUAGUGGCGCCACAGUAGUCGCGGAAGGCCCCCAUUAGCUAAAGUGGUGCUUCAGGUUAAGAAAAGUUUCAAGUUAAGAACAGACCUCCAGAACGAAUUAAGUUCUUAACCCGAGGUACCAUUGUACCAUGAUUUAGCUCAUUACUAGUGUUCAAAGUGCUUCACACAGGUAAUCAUUAUAGCCUUUGCAACAACUCUGUAAUGGUAGUAUUAUCCCUGUGUUGGGGGCUAAAACCAGCUAGUAAAUUUGUGGUUGGGGUAAGAUUUGCACUAGAGACUGUUGCUCGCUGGUCUCUUGGCAUGCAUUCUUUAUAUGCAGAAGUUCUAGGUUCGAUCUCACCCUGGAUACCUCCAAAUAAAAAGUUAUGUGACUUGGUUGCUCAAUUCAAUCUUUUUAUGUGGCUUUUAAUGUAUUGUGACUUUGCUGUUAGUUUUUAUUGAUUAUAGUCUAGUAAUGGUUUAUUGUAAUUGCUGAGAGUGAAUUUCUGUUUAAUUAUCAUGUGCUGCUAUUUUUAAAUUUUAUUGUGUAAUAUAUUCUAAAUUGAUUAUGAAAUUUUGUAUAAGUUAUUUAUUUUAAAGUCAUAUUUUUAUUAUGGCUUCAUUUGCUCUGGAUUGUCAUAGGAUGUGUAAUCUUCGUUGUAUAUUUUGUUAUUUCUACGGCUUUAAAUCAUCUUGUGUUCAGCAAUGCGGAAAGGCAGAAAAACAAAUGUAAAUGAUAUGAAGAAAUGAAAAUGAAAGAUCUUUCUUAAAUCCUGUAGGAGUAGAUGGAGCAGGGUUUCUCUCAGAAUAAAAUCAGGUUCCUAUUUUUCUGUUUUUCUUUUGAAACUGUUAGUCAUUAUGCUACACCAGCUUUCAUAGAGGAUUUAGUGGGUACAGACAGGGAUGGGAAGGGGUGGAAUGCUUUUGCAGAGCAGAUUUUGCCCUGUAGGUUUGGAAGUCACUAGGUCAUAAUCUUUCCAAAUAUUUAAAUUGUACACCUCAGUAUCUCAGUGUCUUAUAAUGUUAGUCUUGCAGCCCUACUCAAUAUUAACUGUAUCCAAAUAGACUUUUGACAUUAGCUAUUAAAUGGCACUUUUUGAAGGCAGUUCUUCAGCUUCAACUUGAAGGUUGAUUGAAAUGUGACAGGAAAACACACAAUACAUUCCCAAGACUGUGUCACUUUAGAUUGCAAGUAGGGGAUCAUAUAUUUACAUGCCUCCUGUGUAAAAGAAACUCCCUACACUCGGAAAGUUAGCAUCCAUGUGAAGCCAUCCACUUAUGCUCAAAGGCCCAAAUGUGAUGGUUUUUUAGAAGCUUGGAAGACUGCAUCCAACUGGGCUAUCUGUCAGGGAUGAAGGUUAAAUUGGCAGGCUGUGGGCGACUUUUUAAACGGUAUUUUAAUCUGAUUGAAUUUUAAAAUGUUUUAGUGGGAAUGUGCUGUUUGUGGGUUCUUACUUGCCCAGACAGAGCCUUUGGGAUGGGCUAAUAAAUUUAUUUCUGAAUUUCACAAGUCAUUCAUAAUACUGGAAUACAAUGUUAAUCUCACAUUGUGCUAGAAACCAGAAUUGGGCAAAGAGGCCUAAUAUGCUACCCAUGUGUUCUGUUCUCCCCCAAGUUGCCACCUGCAACUAAAUAUGUUUUAAGCAUGUUUUUCACAACCAGUUAUAUUUUUAAACUAAUAAUUUGAAUACUUGUUGAGCAAUGCUACUCUGUCCCAGAGGGCUCUUCCUUUCUUGCAGUGUUUUUCUGUGUUGAGAUGUGUUAAUAGAGAACAGAAGCAGACAUAAUGUAAUCCAAACACUAAAAUUAGUUACGUUACUCCGAGUCGCACUUGCAUGCAUCUUUUUAAAACUGCUGAUUAUAGUUCUAAGGUGGGCACUUUUGGUAAGAUGUGUCCCCUUAUCUCCACUUGCACAGACAUUUUGAAUUGUUGUGCUUGAGCUUUUUUGAUCAGGGGACUGUGUUUCAGAACCAAAAUAUCAAAUCUUGCUGAUGUUGGAACUGUUUGUUUGUUUGUUUGUUUGUUUCAGCAGGUGGUUUUUUUUAAAGGAACUGUCAACGAAUGAUCAUUUCUUGCUGUAA